CUCACAACAUCAAAAAAACCAUGGAAAUGGAACCUUCAAAAGUUGUACAAUUUAUUAAAACUGGAAAAUAUAUUCCAUGGCCUUAAAUAUUAAUUCUGCUUCUCCUUGCCAAAUUUCUUCUUCUUCUAACAAUUAUCACUUCUUAAAACUGAAAAAUACACCAAAGUACCACAUGUUCAAUCACACUUAUACAAAAAUAUUUGCCAAGUCAGAAGAAUCUGAAUCUUUUUCUGGGUCAUUAUCCUCUACAAGGACACAAUUAGACCUCUUGGAUCAACUCACAUCCAACACUUCAUCAUCUGGUGAUACAAUUGGGUAUGAAAGUGAUGAUAAUUCAAGCAAAAGAACAAUAAGGCAGCAACUUGCAAAAUUGGUAGGAGAAAGAGAUGAAGAUGAAGAAGAAUUUAGCAUACCAUUGGGUAAAAACUUAAAGAAAUUUAGUCCAAAGUUUCUAACAAUUUCACAGAAGAGAAAUAUAAAAAGACAAGCUUAUUUAAAUGAAGUUUCUCAAAGAAAUGAUUCAGUUUUCUUUGCUACAAUUGGAGCUUUUGUAAUUCUUCCUCCAAUUUUAAUUUUAGCAAUUGCUAUUUUAACUGGCUAUGUACAACUUUUCCCAUGAUUUGUACUAUAUAAUAAAUUGCUCAAUAGAAAUUUUAUAGCAAUAACUUAAAUUGUACGGAAAUGAAAAAUGUUGAUAUGAGAAAACGAUUGUAAAAUAAUAUAUUUUACGAAGACGGUGACUACAUUUAUGUUAA